CUGGGUUCAGGAAUCGCAGUCGAAGUUCCCGGUGGUGCUGCAAGAGUGGCUCCGGAGCAAUCCGAUGGAAUAGAUCCGUUUGAAAAGUAUCGAAAUGAGCCGAAAAAAAACUGGGAAAAUCGUGCGGAGUACGAGAGUGACUUGCUUCGAGUCGGUCCGGGCGAGCAAGGAAAGCCUGUUACCCUGCCAAAGGACCCUGAUGUCGAACGGGAAUCUUUGGCGUUAUACAAAGCGAAUGGCUACAAUGCGUACGUCUCCGAUCUUAUUUCAUUGAAUCGUUCUAUGAAGGACAUCCGUCAUCCUCAGUGCAAACAAAUGGAAUAUCAUUCUAAACUCCCAAUGGUCUCUGUGAUAUUCCCUAUGCAUGAGGAGCACAAUUCUACCCUCCUGCGUUCUGUCUAUUCCAUCAUGAACAGGUCUCCCAAAGAACUGUUGAAGGAGAUUAUACUAGUGGAUGACUUCAGUGAAAAGCCAUUUUUGAAGAAACCUCUCGAGGACUUCCUGAGACGUGAGAAGAUUGAUCACCUCGUCAAAGUGCUCCGGACAAAAAAACGAGAAGGACUCAUUCGUGCACGCCAACUUGGUGCAGAAAAAGCGACUGGAGAAAUUCUUGUUUUUUUGGAUUCUCAUUCGGAAGCAAACUACAAUUGGUUGCCUCCAUUGAUCGAUCCUAUAGUUGAAGACUACAGAACAGUCGUAUGUCCCUUUGUUGACGUGAUUGACUGUGACACUUAUGAAAUCCGUCCUCAAGAUGAGGGAGCACGAGGCUCGUUCGACUGGUCAUUCAACUAUAAGCGAUUACCGCUUACGAAGAAAGAUCGUGAGAAUCCCACAAAGCCAUUUCCAAGCCCUGUAAUGGCUGGCGGUUAUUUCGCAAUAUCGGCAAAAUGGUUUUGGGAACUUGGUGGUUAUGAUGAUGGUCUCGAUAUUUGGGGUGGCGAGCAGUACGAGCUGAGUUUUAAGGUGUGGCAAUGUCAUGGACGUAUGGUGGAUGCUCCAUGUUCUCGUGUAGGACAUAUUUAUCGUUGUAAAUAUAUGCCCUUCAAAAAUGCUGGAGUGGGCGAUUUUAUAAGCAGGAACUACAAAAGGGUCGCAGAGGUGUGGAUGGAUGAGUACAAGUACAAUUUGUAUAAACAUCGUGCCGGAGUCGGAACUGUAGACACAGGUGAUAUUUCUCGGCAAAAAGCUGUACGAGAGCGACUCAAAUGCAAAUCGUUCGAUUGGUUCAUGAAGGAAGUGGCAUUUGAUCAAGAUAAAUAUUACCCGGUUGUGGAGCCAGAGCCCUCUGCCAGCGGGGAAUUGCGUAACAAAGGAGCAGGCCUGUGUGUAGACACUCAAUUUAAAUUAGCAAAUCAACGAUUUGGAUUGCGAAAAUGUAUGAGCGAUAAACCCGAGUUGGGAGGUGAACAGAAUAUCCGACUAACUCGGUGGCAUGAUAUUCGCCCAUUCGGGCGUUCUGUAUGCUUUGAUGCAUCAACGUCAGAGGACAAAGCUCCUGUUGUUUUGUUCGACUGCCAUAGUAUGAAAGGGAACCAGCUCUUCAAAUACUAUGUUGAUACCGGACAAAUUUUCCAUCCGGUGUCAAGACAAUGCCUAUCAGCUGAACCGGAUGGUUCUGGCUUUGUCUUUAUGCAGAGAUGCAAUAUCGAUUCUCCAACUCAGCAAUGGGUUUGGCAGGUAUGGGUCUUUGAUAACUCUGUUUUUGAAACUCGAUAUUAUCUCAAAUCAGAGGAAUGA